AUGGCCACCGCUCCAGCUCCCGCUCUCAAUGCUUACCGACACCUAAUGCGCGCGGCGCGAAUCGCUUUCCAAGGCGACGCCCCUAUCCUCUCUGCCGCCCAGCUUCAGAUCCGCAACGAAUUCCGCCAGAAAGCCUCGGUCGAUGCUGCCGAUGCUUCUGCAGCGAUUAAGCAUGCCGAAGAGGUAGCAAAGGUCCUUCGUCAGAACGUUGUCCAGGGUCAAAGAACAGAGGAGGGCAAAGACACCUUCAAGCUCAGAAUACACGAAGAUAUUGAGCGAGGCGAUAAUGAGUCUAUCAAGACAGCUGGAAAGGGCACAGUUGGAGGUGGCUGCUGCGGUGGUGGUAAAAAAUGA